UCUAUUGGCGGCACUGGAAGUUCCGGUGCCGCGCUGGCCGUUCGUUCAUUCUGGGCGAUGCGGUGACGAGACCUGGUCUGGGCCUUGCGGGUUUCCGUCAUGGCUAACGUGUAUUCGCUGGACGGGCUGCUGGUGUUCGGGUUGCUCUUCGUGUGCACCUGCGCCUACUUCCGGAAGGUGCCUCGGCUGAAAGUCUGGCUGCUCUCGGAGAAGAGGGGCGUCUGGGGGGUAUUCUACAAAGCGGCAGUGAUUGGUACUAGACUCCAUGCAGCAGUGGCAAUAUCCUGCAUUGUAAUGGCUUUUUAUGUCCUCUUUAUAAAAUGAAUCUCAGCACUUCAGAUGGACAGUGUUGUUUGAAUGAAGAUGCUAAAGAAGGCAUAUCUCUUUUGCUUCAGAGGACAAAAUAUCUCUUAGAGGAACUGACACAGAACCCUGCACAGAUGUCAAGGGGAAAUUCUUCUAUGACCAAGCCUUUUUUGAGACCAAGGGAGUGGCUUUUAUAACAGCAACCAUCGUCUGUGCUUCUAGUAAGCUUGAAAAUGAUCAACAAAGAUUGUUUUAUGUGCAGAUUCUUAAAAUCAAUACUACAAUUUGCAGAAGGAAAACCAUCAAAUGUUUGUGGCAAAUGGAAGUGAAUAAUUAUGUUUCCAGAGUCUGGCACAGUAUAGAGGGGGGAAGGAUUUGCAUUCCUGGUGUUUUAAAGGGAAUUGCUCUAAAUCCCAAAAAUGUAAUAAUGAACAGCAAAGUACAGGUGUGGAUUUUGCUUUCAUUGGCUUUUUUUCUUUUAUUAAUGCACUUUUAAGAUUGGAGGAUAAAGCUAUCAUAAAAAUUAGUAACUGGAUAUGGUAAACUAGCUAGUAAUAGAGUAAAAUCUUUGCACAGUUCAAAGAAGUGUUUAUGCACUUUUUACCCUUGAAGGAAAAAAACAAUCUGAAUCACAAAGGAAAUGAAAUGUUGUUUGGUGAUAUAUUUGCACCACCUUGGCAUAAUUAACAGCCUUACCACCUCUUGCAAACAGCCAAGAAUGGCUGAAAUGCUGCAAGUUCUGUAGCACACAAUUAACAAUUGACAACAAUUCAAACAUACCCGGUUUUUGGAUGUUGCUGUGUAGGAGGAAGCAAUGGGGACAUAUGCUGUUACAUAAGUUAAUAGAUGUUAAAAUGUUUAAAUUACAUUUAAAGAUCGUAACUUGUAUAUUUUGGAAAGUGUAUAGACUUUAAAGAUGAAAGAUUUAUGUUUGCUUUCUUUUUUUAAUGAUUCCCUUUUAUGUUCUUUUUCUUCUUCACUGUCCUUAUUUGAAUUGUACUCCCUUUUAACCUUGUCCUUACAUUAUAGGAAGUCAUCAUCUAGAGUAGAAGCAGCUACAGUAGAAGCAGUAAAAGUGCAUGUUUUAUUUUCAGUGUUGAAAACACUUGAUGGACAGAAAUUCACAAGUAACUUCAGGACUGGGGCAUUUUUUUUAAAAUCCAUAGUUUGCAUAAAACUAAAAAGGCAAGUUUGUAUGUCAUCACAGACAGGAACUGUCUCUUACCGCAUUUUUAUAAAUUGGCAAGAAGUACACUGGAACCCUAACUGGGCCUUUGGGUAUUUCAGAAGUAUGUGUGUGAAUAAACCUGCCUUAUUUUUCUUCCCCAUA